AUGCCCAGCUUCCUCAUCGUCCUGGUCUGCCUCAUCUUCAGCGUGCUGUCCACCAUCGAGCAGUAUGCCGCCCUGGCCACGGGGACCCUCUUCUGGAUGGGUGGCGCGAACAGCGACGGCAAACGGAAGGCCGUCCCCCAGCAGCGCAAGAAUCACACGGCCGCUGUGAGCAGACGCAGCUUCCUCAUCGUCCUGGUCUGCCUCAUCUUCAGCGUGCUGUCCACCAUCGAGCAGUAUGCCGCCCUGGCCACGGGGACCCUCUUCUGGAUGGAGAUCGUCCUGGUGGCGUUCUUCGGGACGGAGUACGUGGUCCGCCUCUGGUCCGCCGGCUGCCGCAGCAAGUACGUGGGCAUCUGGGGGCGGCUGCGCUUCGCCCGGAAGCCCAUCUCCAUCAUCGACCUCAUCGUGGUCGUGGCCUCCAUGGUGGUCCUCUGCGUGGGCUCCAAAGGGCAGGUGUUCGCCACGUCGGCCAUCAGGGGCAUCCGCUUCCUCCAGAUCCUCCGGAUGCUGCACGUGGACCGCCAGGGAGGCACCUGGAGGCUCCUGGGCUCCGUGGUCUUCAUCCACCGCCAGGAGCUGGUGACCACCCUGUACAUCGGCUUUCUGGGCCUCAUCUUCUCCUCGUACUUCGUGUACCUGGCCGAAAAGGACGCAGUGAACGAGUCAGGCCGCGUCGAGUUUGGCAGCUACGCAGAUGCGCUGUGGUGGGGGGUGGUCACAGUCACCACCAUUGGCUACGGGGACAAAGUGCCCCAGACGUGGGUCGGGAAGACGAUCGCCUCCUGCUUCUCCGUCUUCGCCAUCUCCUUCUUCGCGCUGCCGGCGGGGAUUCUCGGCUCCGGCUUCGCCCUGAAGGUCCAGCAGAAACAGAGGCAGAAGCACUUCAAUCGGCAGAUCCCGGCGGCGGCGUCGCUCAUUCAGACCGCGUGGAGGUGCUACGCGGCCGAGAACCCCGACUCCUCCACCUGGAAGAUCUACGUCCGGAAGCCUUCCCGGAGCCCCGCUCUGCUGUCUCCCAGCCCCAAGCCCAAGAAGUCUGUCACGGUCAAGAAAAAAAAGUUCAAACUGGACAAGGAUAACGGGGUGAGUCCCGGGGAGAAGAUGCUCACCGUGCCCCAUAUCACGUGCGACCCCCCGGAAGAGCGGAGACCAGACCACUUCUCUGUCGACGGCUACGACAGUUCUGUGAGGAAGAGCCCCACACUGCUGGAAGUAACAACACCGCACUUCAUGAGAACCAACAGCUUCACUGAGGACCUGGACCUGGAAGGGGAGACACUGUUGGCACCCAUCACCCACGUCUCACAGCUGCGGGAACACCACCGGGCCACCAUCAGGGUCAUCCGGCGCAUGCAGUACUUCGUGGCCAAGAGGAAGUUCCAGCAAGCGCGGAAGCCUUACGACGUGCGGGACGUCAUUGAGCAGUACUCCCAGGGCCACCUCAACCUCAUGGUGCGCAUCAAAGAGCUGCAGAGAAGGCUGGACCAGUCCAUCGGGAAGCCCUCGCUGUUCAUCCCCGCGUCAGAAAAGAGCAAGGACCGUGGCAGCAACACGAUCGGCGCCCGCCUGAACCGGGUGGAAGACAAGCAAGCGCGGAAGCCUUACGACGUGCGGGACGUCAUUGAGCAGUACUCCCAGGGCCACCUCAACCUCAUGGUGCGCAUCAAAGAGCUGCAGAGAAGGCUGGACCAGUCCAUCGGGAAGCCCUCGCUGUUCAUCCCCGCGUCAGAAAAGAGCAAGGACCGUGGCAGCAACACGAUCGGCGCCCGCCUGAACCGGGUGGAAGACAAGGUGACGCAGCUGGACCAGAGGCUGGUGCUCAUCACGGACAUGCUGCACCAGCUGCUCUCCCUGCACCGUGGCAGCCCCCCGGGCGGGGCCCCUGGCGGGGGUGGGGCCCCCACAGUCCGGCCCUGCGGCAGCGGCGGCACCAUCAACCCCGAGCUCUUCCUGCCCAGCGGCUCCCUCCCGACCUACGAGCAGCUGACCGUGCCCCAAAGGGGCCCCGACGAGGGGUCCUGAUGGGGGCUUGGCGGGGGGUGGAGAGGGUAGGCCCUCUCGGCGGGGGCCACCCACCUGGCCAUGGCCACCUCCUGGAGGGCCGAGAGAGAGCAGCCCCAUGUCCAAGGCCCCGCCCAGACCCCGUGGGCCACGCUGUCUGGCACAGCCUGAGCUUGGGGGUCCACCAAGGCCACCUCUUCCUGGCUGGGUGGUACUAGAAGUUGGCUGGGUGUGGGGCCCCUCUAAGGUCUGAGCUGUCACUCCUAGCGCCCGGCCCCCACAGCCUGAGGAUGACAUCACUUGUGUGGUGGUUGGGACACAGUGAGGGCUUCAGGGUGGCCUCCCAGGGCCCGGCAUCCAGGGUGCCCAGCCCAGCCCGUGUUUGGCCAGGAAGCAGCACGGGCUGAGAGCAGGCCCACCCUGCUUGGCCCGGGGCUUCCCGAGGGGAGACAGAGGGACAAAGGCCGUCCUCAAAUCCAGGCCCAGCCCAAGCCAACUAAAGCGAGGCUACGAUGAAUGUCCAGGAGCCACUCCGAGGGCCCUGGCUCCCUCCUCUCAAGAGACGCUGACCCUAGGAGCAGGGGACUGCGGGGCUGCCCCUGAGGCCACAGGUCCCAGUGAGGGACAGGUCACCGCUGCCCCAGGGCACGUCAGAGUGAAGGGUGUCCACCUCCCCUGCUUUGGACUGGCAGCUCCUCCCGCCAUGCUGGAAAGGAGGGUCCCCCGAGCCCCGCCAGGUGUGCAGCCCCUGCUCCAGUUCCCAGUCCGAGCAGCUGGACAGACACCGGGGACACCACGUCCCCACCCACCCCCGGCCAGCUGCCGAGCUGA